AUGCCCAGCCUUUUGGCGCGGGUGGCUCCCGUGGCCGCGGCCGGGUGCCGUAAAUCUCAUGUUCGUUCUGAGCAGCAGUAUCAGCAGCAGAAGUUUUCAAAUCAGUCACCCGGCCCUUCUUACAAGAAAGAGCAGUAUUUUCCAAAAGGGCAAAAUAGAGGAGAGAGAGGCAGAGGAAGAGGAGGAUGGCAAGGAGGACGCCAGAGUGUUUCUGAGGAAAUGCCAAAAUACAUAACAGUGUCUACCUUUGCUCAAGCUCGUGCUGCUGAGAUGAAUGCCAUGUUGAAAGCAGUUGCGCAGAAGUCUUCAAACUCCCUUGUUUUCCAGACUCUACCUAGGCACAUGCGGAGGCGAGCUAUGAGUCACAAUAUUAAGCGCCUACCCAGGCGGCUCCAAGAGAUUGCUAGGAAAGAGGCAGAGAAAGCUGUACAUCAGAAGAAAGAACAGUCGAAGACUAAAUGUCGCAAAGCUAGAAGGCGCCACAUAAAUUUGGUAGCAGAGUUUAAUCGCAGGCAAAGAAAGAAUAUUUGGCUGGAAACGCAUAUUUGGCAUGCAAAGAGAUUUCAUAUGGUAAAGAAAUGGGGAUACUGUUUGGGAAAUAGCCCUACGGAGAAGAGCUACAGGGCUUGUUACCGAGCCAUGACGAAACACUGCCUUCUUCAGGACUUAUCAUAUUAUUGUUGCCUGGAGUUGACUGGGAAAGAGAACGCACUUCUGAAGCAACUUGCUCGAAUAUGUAGCAUUGACACAGGAUUAACGUUUGAAGAGGCUUGUUGUCUGUCUGGAAGAUUUGAGGGUUACCUGAAUCUUUACCGAGCAGAUCGCUAUCCUGAGGAUAUGCUUGGUCCCGUUACAUUUAUUUGGAAACCCAGGGAUGGGUCUGAAAACAGGCAGUUGUGGAUCUGGAUGCAUCCAGCUCUCAAACAGGACAUACUGAGAGAGUUAAAAGCCAUUUUUCAGUGUUCAGAGCCUGAAGAAAUCUAUGUUCCUGAGCCUGUUACAAUAUCAAUUCAAGAGGAAAAACAAAUAGAUGUUGUUCUGAGCCUUGGCAAGAAAAGAAAGAAGGAGGAUAAAGAAGGAGAAAAAGCUGUGCCAGUGAAAAAAAUAAUUGGUGAUGGCACUAGAGAUCCAUUCCAGUCCUACUCUUGGAUUUCACAGGCUACUGGCAUUGUGAUCAGUGAUAGAACUAUGGAGAUUCUCAGAUAUCGGCUGAUUGGCCCAUUAUCACACUCGGUCCUUACAGAGACCUUGAAAGCUGCUUCUCUCCAAACAGAGAUGGAUUCAGAAACAGAACUGAAUAACUGGUGGGUAGAAAACUGCAAGGACUCUGAAAAAGUAUCUCUUCAUCAGCGUCAAAGUGCUAUCUUUGAGCUAUUAGAAGGGAUAAGUUCACCAUCAGAAAUGCCACCAGGUACAAUACUGGGCCUCACUGUUGGAGAUCCUCGAGUCAAUUUGCCAAAAAAGAAGACAAAAGCCGUGCCAGACUUUGAAAAAUACCAAGAUAAUGAUAAAGUUAGGCAGCUGUACCUGGAGGGAGUGCCUGUAGACUGUGCUCACAGCUUUAUCUGGGACCAGGACAUCUGUAAGAACGUCACUGAAAAUAAAAUCUCGGAGCAGGAUUUAAACCAUAUGAGAGCUCAGUUACUGGUACCUGGAUCACACCUGGAUUUGGGUCCUUCUGAGUCUAAGAUUCCCAUACUGUUGGUGCAGCAACCAGGGAAAAUGGCUGGAGAAGAUCUACCAGGAUGGGGAAGUGGCUGGGAUAUCUAUCUCCCAAAGGGCUGGGGCAUGGCUUUCUGGAUUCCUUUUAUAUAUCGAGGCGUACGAGUCGGUGGCUUGCAAGAGGCUUUAAAGCAUUCUGAAUAUCAAAGAACACCUCACAUUCCAAAUGAUUUCCCAGACUGCCAGGCGGGAGUGCAGUUUGCCAAAGAACUGGAAAUGAGUCUUCUUGAAAAAUUCAAACGACGUCCACCUGCGAAAAGGGCAAACUAUGUCAAGCUGGGCACUCUGUCCCCUUUUGUCUGUCCUUGGGGGCAGCUGGCAAAGAACUGGGAAGAAAGAAUGAAAGCUUCGGGAGAAUUUGUACAUCCUUCUUCCCCACACCCUGAGCACUGUGCAACUAAAGGGCAUAGCUUUUGUGACCCCAAAGCAGAAGUGGUCAAAGAAGCUUCCCCUGCGACUGAUGAGGGAGAGGAGACCAUGGAAAUAACAAGCUCUGAAGGUGUCCGAAAGACGGAGAAUGUUACAGGCAUCCAAGAAUUUGGUGAGAGAGAUGAAACUAUGACAAGUGACUUUGUUGUUCUCAGGAGUGAGAAACUACUAAUGCAGGUAUCAGCCUGGUGCUAUCCCACUGCUGGAAAAGAUCGGCGAGUCCGCCUUGUUUCUCGACUCGGACAGAAGGAAAUGACUGAAGAUGUGUUUUUGCCAAUUUUGAUGAGCUAUCCAAGGGCUCUCGUAUGGGUCAGCUUGUCUCUCUUGAAAAAGGGGAACCCCGAAUUACAUGCCAUGAUUUGCAUCCCAACAGAAGACGACUUGCUGCAUCUAAGCAAAGACAGACUCUUCUGUGGACCUCAAGAACCCAAACAUCGUGACAUAUUCAAGUACAAGGUACAGAAGCUGAAAGAGGAGAAGAAGAAGAAAAAGGAUAACACGAAGGCUCUAGAAAGUGACCCUCCAAGCGUUCCAGAUAAAGGAACAACUGAGGAGCAUGAAGAGCUCAUUCUUGGUCUUUGGUCAGAUGCUCUCCCAGAUGUUACUUCCCACUGCUCCAGAACUCUCUUGGGAUAUGUCACUCGAGGGGAUUUUUCAUUGGCUGUGGGCUGUGGAGAAGCACUGGGUUUCGUUAGCUUGUCAGGGUUACUUUACAUGUUACACAACCAGCCAGCAGAUAAAAAAGGGCUCGUUUUGUUAAGAACUCCGGCAUCUUUACAGUACAGAUUUGCAAGACUUAAAAUUGAGGUUUAAGUAUCA